AUGGCUCAGUUUAGGCCAGACCAUUAUAUGGGUGUGAGCCGAUUUCAUGUUGGUUACUACAGGGGAGUCCUGGCAAUGGUUUAUGCCAUCAAUGAAAUUAACAAAAAUGUACAUUUACUACCCAACUUCACUCUGGGCUUCGACAUCUUUGAUUCUUGCUUCUCGGAGAACCAAGCAAUUGAAACAGCCUUAGCAUUUUUAUCAGGCAUUCAGAAGCCUAUCCCUAAUUACAUUUGUAACUCUGCUAGUAUGAUUGCUGGGAUCAUUGGAGAAUUUGGAUCUUCAUUAACAAUUCCAGUUGCCCGAAUACUGGGGGUCCACCAUGUCACUCAGAUUAGCCCUGGAGCAACGCAAUCAACACUAAGCAAUAAACUGCAGUUCCCAUCCUUUCUGAGAACUGUACCUAGUGACAAACUGCAGACUUAUGACCUGGCUCAGUUAAUUGUAUAUUUUGGCUGGACUUGGGUAGGAGUUCUAGCAACAGAUAAUGAUGCUGGUGAAACUGGUAGCCAGAGCAUAAAAACUGAGAUUUUGAAAACCGGUAGUUGUAUAGCAUUCAAUGAAAAGAUACAUGUCCGGUAUUCUACUGAAAAGUUCAGUAAACUUGUUGAGCUAGUAAAAAAAUCAUCAGUAAAUGUUAUCAUUGUUCAUAGCAGUGAGGUUCACAUAAAACCACUUUUGCAGGCCUUUUAUGUGAGAAAUAUGUCUGACAAAGUUCUACUGUUCACGGCAAAUUUCCCUCUUACGCCUGGACUCUUUACAGCUGAGAUCCUGUUCUUAUUAAAUGGAACCUUGGUGUUAUCAUCUCCAUUAGGAGACAUGCCUAGUUUCCGAGACUAUCUUUAUCGUCUGCAUCCAUCUACUGAACCAGGUGAUAUUUUUAUCAGAUCAUAUUGGGAAAAAAUCUUCACUUGCAAUUGGCCAGUAAAUGGAAAACCUAUAACUGGACUCACUAACACCUCUGCACUAUGCUCAGGGAUGGAAACACUUACUCAAGUUUCGAUACCUUUCAUUGAAAUGCAAGACAUUAUUUAUAGUUAUCAUCCAUAUUUAGCAACAUAUGCUUUUGCAAAUGCUCUGCAUAACAUGGCGUCAUGCAAAUCCAAAGCAGGACCUUUUCAAAAUAAUUCUUGUCCUAAGAUGAAGGAAAUCCAGCCAUGGCAGGUAAUGCAUUAUGUGAAAAAUGUACAUUAUAAAACUGAAGUCACCGAAGACGACCUUUCUUUUGAUGUAAACGGUGAUGCAAUGACUGUGUAUGAUAUCACCAAUAUGCAUAUAUUGCCGAAUGGUACAUUCAGAUUUGUACGGGUUGGAAAAAUUGACCACAGAGCCCCUCCCGGACAGGAAAUAAGCAUCAAUAUGACGAUAAUUAUGUGGAAUGGGAAAUAUACUCAGGUUCCUCGUUCUGUAUGCAGUGAAGGCUGUUCUACAGGUUACAGAAAAAUAGUGAAAGAAGGCCAGCCAGUUUGUUGCUUUAACUGUAUACCUUGUUCUAAUGGAGAAAUUUCAAAUCAGACAGAUUCAGAUAACUGUCUCAUCUGUCCAGUGAAUGAAUGGUCAAAUGAUGAACGUGACAAGUGUAUUCCAACGUCGAUUGAGUUCCUGAGUUAUGAUGAGCCACUGGGUAUAUCAUUAGCUGUAAUAGCAAUGUUUCUUCUCAUUUUAACCACUGUUGUUUUGAUCAUCUUCAUUAAAUACCGUGGUACACCAGUUGUGAAGGCUAACAAUCGUGAAAUGAGUUACCUUUUACUGUUUGGACUUAAGUUGUGCUUCCUAUGUUCCUUGGUAUUUAUUGGAUACCCUGUUCGUGUUACAUGUAUUCUUCGUCAGACUAUUUUUAGCAUUGUGUUUUCCAUGAGUGUCUCUUCUGUUCUUGCUAAGACAAUCACAGUGGUAAUUGCUUUUAAAGUGACUCACCCAAACAGCAAAUUAAAACAAUGGGUUGGACUUGAAAUUCCAACGUCUAUAGUGACACUCUUCUCACUAAUUCAGACUGUGAUCUGUACUUUGUGGCUGUCAACAUCUCCUCCUUUCCCUGAACUGAAGACUACAUCAGUCAGUAAAAAGAUUAUAGCUGAAUGCAAUGAAGGACAAAGGACAUUCUUCUACUGUUCACUGGGAUACCUAUGUUUGUUAGCCAUGGUUUGUUUCAUUGCAGCUUUCCUUGCAAGGAAACUGCCUGACAGCUUUAAUGAGGCAAAGCACAUCACAUUCAGCAUGCUAGUGUUUCUCAGUGUCUGGUUUUCAUUUAUUCCUGCUUAUCUUAGCACACAGGGAAAAUAUAUGGUUGCUGUUGAAAUAUUUGCUAUAUUGUCCUCUACUGCAGGGUUACUGUUCUGUAUAUUUCUGGGUAAAUGCUACAUUAUAUUGCUUAGGCCUAAGCAAAAUACCAAAAAACAUUUAAUGGUCAAAGGAAAAUUAAGCUAA